AUGACAGUCCUUAAUAAAAGCUUUGAUGGCCUACCAUACUAUCUUAAGCCUUGUUUCUUGUAUAUGUCGAUCUUUCCAAAAGAUCGCGAGGUCAGUCGGCGCCGUUUGGUGCGUCGGUGGAUUGCAGAGGGUUAUUCAAGGGAGGUGUGUGGUAGGUCUGCAGAGGAAAUAGCAGAGGGCGACUUCAUGGAACUCGUAAGCAGGAGCAUGCUCCUACCAUCUCAACAAUCAAUUCAUGGUAGAAAAGGAAUUGAUGCAUGCCAGGUCCAUGAUCUAAUCCAUGAAAUCAGCAUCAAGAAGUCAACUGAAGAAAAUUUUGUUUUCACACUGGAGGAAGUUUUGGGGAAGUGGAAGCCAUUUUUUAUUUCUGACAAGAUGAGGUUGCUACGAGUGCUGGACCUAGAAGGCACACCAGGCCUAGCUGAUCACCACCUUCAGCACAUUGGGAAGCUUCUUCACCUCAAAUAUUUUUCCAUAAGAGGAUGUGAUGAUAUUCAUCACCUGCCACACUCCUUGGGUAACCUGAGGCAACUCCAUACACUAGAUGUCAGGGAUACGAGAAUACUAAAGCUGCCAAAGACCAUCAUCAAACUUCGGAUGUUAACCUAUCUCCGCCUUGGUAGGAAAUCGAUUGACAAAAAGGUGUCAUAUGAGAAACUUGAAGAGAAGCUCGCAAAUUCAAUGGGCAACAACAGACUAUGUCUAUUGACUUCAGGGUCAGUGAUGCUUUGUGCAGCUUGUUGUGCACCCCGUCAUUUAGGUUAUUCUGAAGACAUGAACCGCCAUGACGUAUGUACUGUUGCUUGCUGUGCUAGACUCCCUGCUGUUGCCAAGCGUCUGGACAGGUAUGGAGUUCUAGCUCCUAGAGGGAUGAGGAAACUGAUCGGCUUGCACACACUGGGGGUUGUAAAUGUUGCACGGGCGGUAGUCAUUCAGGACAUAAAAAAACUGACCUGGUUGCGCAAGUUAGCAGUAACUGGCAUCAACGGGAGAAAUGGUGAAAAUUUUUGUUCAACAAUCAAUAAUCUCAACCGUCUUGAGUCAUUGUCAAUACGGUCAGAGGGAGAGCCUGGAUUGUGUGAAUGUUUGCACUGGAUGACCUCGCCCCCGGAAAACCUCCAGAGCCUCAAGCUGUACGGUAAUCUGAUCAAACUGCCAAGAUGGGUCCAGAGGCUCCAGAAUCUUGUGAAGCUGAAUUUACGGAGCACCAGGCUAUCGGGGCAUGAUGGUGAUGUGGAAGUUCUUGGGAGGAUGCCAAAUCUGGCCAUCCUGCAUUUGUUGGAGAAGUCAUUUCAGGGUGAAGAGCUUCGUUUCCAGAUUGGGAUUUUCAGAAGCCUCACAGUUCUUGUGUUUGGAAACUUUGGGGACAUCAAAUUGGUGAAGUUUGACCAAGGAGCAAUGCCUAAGCUUGAGCAACUACAGGUCAGGAAUGACUGGAGGGUAAGUGCUGAAAAUGGUUGUUCUGGGAAUGAAGUUGCAUUUUCAGGGCUAGACUUUCUCCCAAGCAUCAAGGAAGCCCGGUUAUGGUUAAACAUUAUCCCGGAUGAACAACUCAAGGAAAUACCAGAUGAAGUAUUCCUCAAGGCCAGCAACUUUGAGGAACACUUUCGGACCCAGCUUGCCAACAAUCCAAGGAACCCCAUUCUGAAGGUGGGUGAGCUCGAGAACCAGAACUAA